UUGCUUUGAAGCAGAUGUCGUGGCACUAAGACCCAGAAACCAUUUGCUCUGUGUGGCUGGAGCUGGGCAGGCUGUGCUCGCACUGAAGGGAAGGAAGUCAUUAGUGCAGACUGAGCUGUGGAGUUGGGUUCUUGCAGGAUUUCCUUCCAGCCUUUCCCCACUAAGGUUCUUGGGAAUUAAAAAAAAAAAAAAAUCUAAACACACAAACCAAGUUUUCCUAUUUACAGUGUUAAGGGAAGGUAGACAUUUCGGGAAGGGUAGAUCCUUUCCCCAAGUUAUCCAAGAAGGAAGAGAAAACAGCGCAAAGAAGCUCUGAUUACAGAUCUUUGGAAUUUUCUUUGCUAAAUUUUACAAACGAGAAAUACACUCAGAAUUUUGGGAAUUGCUCCAGGCUGCGCGUGAGGGUUUGAUUGCUUGUCUAAUCUUUUUUUGAGAAGAGGAGAAUUCGUCAAAAGGGGUUUGGAUGGCAGGAACCCGACUGGGUUUCUGCAGCAGCUUGCGUUCUCCGGCUCUUCUCUGAGGGAGGGUCUCUGCGCCGGCUUGGAGACCCCCUGCCGCAGGCUCCUUUUUCGGGCACUGGCCCGAGGGGAAAAUGCUCCGCUCUGGCUGGAGUACGCUGGUUGCUGCUGGGACUUCCUAGCCCCGUGGGGAGCGUGUUCCUGGUUUGGGGAUACUUCAUUGAACUGAAGGCGAAAAGACUGGACUCUCCUGGGCUCUUUCCCUUCGCGGUGAAUAUGGGAAAGAAUUAGGGGGUGGGAGGGAGGCAGCAUGACUUGGAGUCGCCGCUGCCCUGCAUCUGCCCCCAGCCCCCAGCCAGCAUCUUGAUGUUCCACAUAUCGGCUGUACAAAUAUGAUGAAAUGGCAGCCCCGGAAGAAGGCAUACUUCCGACAGGGUGUUGCCCUCCAGUACCUCGGACGUCAUGCCGAUGCCCUGGCAGCCUUUGCAUCUGGGUUGGCUCAGGACCCCAAGAGUCUCCAGCUUCUGGUGGGGAUGGUAGAAGCAGCCAUGAAAUCUCCCAUGAGAGACUCCCUCGAGCCCACUUAUCAGCAGCUUCAGAAAAUGAAACUGGACAAGAGCCCCUUUGUGGUUGUCUCUGUGGUUGGGCAGGAGCUCCUGACAGCUGGCCAUCACGGGGCCUCUGUGGUUGUCUUAGAAGCCGCUCUGAAGAUUGGCACCUGCAGCCUCAAGCUGAGAGGCUCCGUUUUCUCCGCACUGAGCAGUGCUUACUGGUCUCUCGGGAACACAGAGAAGAGCACUGGAUACAUGCAGCAGGACUUGGAUGUAGCCAAGACCUUAGGUGACCAGACAGGAGAAUGCCGAGCUCAUGGGAACCUGGGCUCUGCAUUCUUCUCCAAAGGAAAUUACCGGGAGGCUCUCACUAACCACAGGCAUCAGUUGGUGCUUGCCAUGAAACUCAAGGAUCGAGAGGCAGCUUCAUCAGCCCUGAGCAGUCUGGGCCACGUGUACACAGCCAUUGGAGAUUACCCCAAUGCACUGGCCAGUCACAAACAGUGUGUUCUUCUCGCCAAGCAAUCCAAAGAUGAGCUUUCUGAAGCCCGAGAACUCGGCAACAUGGGAGCUGUGUAUAUUGCCAUGGGUGACUUUGAGAAUGCUGUGCAGUGCCAUGAGCAGCAUCUGAAGAUAGCCAAGGACUUGGGGAACAAACGAGAAGAAGCCCGGGCCUACAGCAAUCUGGGCAGUGCCUAUCACUACAGGAGGAACUUUGACAAGGCCAUGUCUUACCACAAUUACGUGCUGGAGCUGGCGCAGGAGCUGAUGGAGAAGGCCAUAGAGAUGCGGGCCUACGCUGGCCUGGGCCAUGCUGCCAGGUGCAUGCAGGAUUUAGAGAGGGCCAAACAGUACCACGAGCAGCAGCUGGGCAUUGCUGAGGAUCUCAAGGACCGGGCUGCAGAGGGGCGAGCAUCUUCCAAUCUGGGAAUCAUACACCAGAUGAAAGGUGAUUAUGACACUGCACUGAAACUCCACAAGACCCACCUGUGCAUCGCCCAGGAGCUGAGCGACUACGCCGCCCAGGGCCGCGCCUAUGGAAACAUGGGCAAUGCCUACAAUGCUCUGGGCAUGUACGACCAGGCGGUCAAGUACCACCGGCAGGAGCUACAGAUAUCCAUGGAAGUGAACGACCGCGCCUCACAGGCAUCCACGCACGGGAACCUCGCCGUGGCCUACCAGGCACUGGGCGCCCACGACCGGGCCCUACAGCACUAUCAGAACCACUUGAACAUCGCCCGGGAGCUGCGAGACAUCCAGAGCGAGGCGCGGGCUCUUAGCAACCUGGGCAACUUCCACUGCUCUCGAGGGGAGUACGUCCAGGCCGCCCCCUAUUACGAACAGUACCUCCGGCUUGCUCCUGACCUUCAAGACAUGGAGGGAGAAGGGAAGGUCUGCCACAACCUUGGCUAUGCCCAUUACUGCCUUGGAAAUUACCAGGAGGCGGUAAAGUACUAUGAGCAGGAUCUGGCCCUGGCCAAAGACCUUCACGACAAAUUGAGUCAAGCAAAAGCUUACUGCAACUUGGGCUUAGCGUUCAAGGCUCUGCUGAAUUUCAGCAAAGCUGAAGAGUGUCAAAAGUACCUACUGUCCCUAGCCCAGUCCCUGAAUAAUUCCCAGGCUAAAUUUAGAGCCCUGGGGAACCUGGGCGAUAUAUUCAUCUGUAAAAAAGAUAUCAAUGGUGCAAUAAAAUUCUAUGAGCAGCAGCUGGGCUUGGCUCACCACGUGAAGGACAGGAGACUGGAGGCCAGUGCGUAUGCAGCCCUGGGCACUGCAUACCGAAUGAUCCAGAAACACGACAAGGCCUUGGGUUAUCACACACAGGAGCUGGAGGUAUAUCAGGAGCUGAGUGACCUGCCGGGAGAGUGCAGAGCCCAUGGGCACCUGGCCGCAGUCUACAUGGCCCUGGGGAAGUACACAAUGGCUUUCAAGUGUUACGAAGAGCAGCUGGAUCUAGGGCAGAAGCUGAAGGACCCAAGUCUCGAAGCCCAGGUCUAUGGCAACAUGGGCAUCACAAAGAUGAACAUGAAUGUGAUGGAAGAAGCUAUCGGCUACUUCGAGCAGCAGCUGGCCAUGCUGCAGCAGCUGAGUGGGAACGAGUCUGUGCUCGACAGGGGCCGGGCCUACGGCAACCUGGGGGAUUGCUACGAGGCCCUGGGCGACUAUGAGGAAGCUAUCAAGUACUAUGAACAGUAUUUAUCUGUUGCCCAGAGUUUGAAUCGCAUGCAAGACCAAGCCAAGGCUUACCGAGGCCUGGGAAAUGGACACAGGGCAAUGGGGAGCCUGCAGCAAGCCCUGGUGUGCUUUGAAAAGAGGCUCGUGGUCGCCCAUGAGCUCGGGGAGGCCUUUAAUAAAGCCCAGGCCUAUGGCGAGCUGGGAAGUCUGCACAGCCAAUUAGGGAAUUAUGAACAAGCCAUUUCCUGCCUUGAACGCCAGCUGAACAUUGCUAGAGAGAUGAAGGACCGAGCUCUGGAAAGUGACGCGGCCUGUGGCCUGGGGGGUGUGUACCAGCAGAUGGGAGAGUACGAUACAGCCCUGCAGUACCACCAGCUGGAUCUGCAGAUUGCCGAGGAGACCAACAACCCCACGUGCCAGGGCCGGGCCUAUGGGAACCUGGGCCUGACCUAUGAGUCCCUGGGCACCUUCGAGAGAGCCGUGGUCUAUCAGGAACAGCACUUGAGCAUUGCUGCACAGAUGAAUGACUUGGUGGCCAAGACAGUGUCUUACAGCAGCCUUGGAAGGACGCAUCACGCUCUGCAAAACUACUCCCAGGCAGUCAUGUACUUGCAGGAAGGUUUAAGGUUAGCAGAGCAGCUAGGCCGAAGAGAAGAUGAAGCCAAAAUUCGCCAUGGUCUUGGCCUCUCCCUCUGGGCGAGCGGGAAUCUGGAGGAGGCCCAACAUCAGCUCUACCGGGCAUCAGCCUUGUUUGAGACAAUCCGACACGAGGCGCAGCUGAGCACGGACUACAAGCUCUCCCUCUUCGACCUGCAGACGUCCUCCUACCAGGCCUUGCAGCGAGUGCUCGUCAGCCUCGGCCAUCAUGAUGAAGCUCUGGCUGUGGCAGAAAGAGGACGGACAAGGGCGUUUGCAGAUCUCCUGGUGGAACGGCAAACAGGGCAGCAGGACUCUGACCCCUACUCCCCAGUCACUAUCGAUCAGAUCUUAGAGGUGGUUAACGGCCAGAGGGGACUCGUGCUUUACUACUCCCUGGCGGCGGGCUACCUGUACAGCUGGCUGCUUGCUCCUGGGGCAGGAAUUCUGAAGUUUCAUGAACACUACCUGGGAGACAACACAGUGGAAAACUCCAGUGACCUCCAGACGGGCAGCAGCACAGCCCUUCCAACAGCCACGAGCUCGGCCCUGGAGCAGCACAUUGCCAGCGUGCGGGAGGCCCUGGGCGUGGAGUCCUACUACUCGAGGGCCUGCGCCAGCAGCGAGACCGAGAGUGAAGCCGGAGACAUCAUGGACCAGCAGUUCGAGGAGAUGAACAACAGGCUCAACUCUGUCACUGACCCCACUGGCUUUCUUCGGAUGGUUCGUCGCAACAACCUCUUUAACAGGAGCUCCCAGAGCAUGACCAGCCUGGUCGGCAACACCACAUCGCCUGUCAAGGACGGGACCUCCUCUCUCCCCAGGAGGCAGAGCUCAUUCGCCAGGCCACCGCUCCGCGCCCUGUACGACCUGCUCGUGGCACCCAUGGAAGGGGGCCUGAUGCACUCCAGCGGCCCUGUGGGCCGGCACCGGCAGCUGGUCCUGGUCCUGGAGGGGGACCUCUACCUCAUCCCAUUCGCCCUCCUGAAGGGAAGCUCCUCCAACGAGUACCUGUAUGAGCGCUUCGCCCUCAUCGCCGUCCCCUCCAUCCGCUCCCUCAGUCCGCAGGCCAAGUCUCACCUGAGGAAGAGCCCGCCCACCUAUUCCAGCUCCACGUCCAUGGCAGCGGUGGUCGGCAACCCCAAGCUGCCAUCAGCGGUGAUGGACAGGUGGCUGUGGGGCCCGAUGCCGUCAGCCGAGGAGGAAGCCUACAUGGUCUCCGAGCUGCUGGGCUGCCAGCCGCUGGUGGGCAGCGUGGCUACCAAAGAGCGGGUCAUGAGCGCCCUGACGCAGGCCGAGUGCGUCCACUUUGCCACCCACAUCUCUUGGAAACUGUCGGCCUUGGUCCUCACGCCCAGUGUGGACGGCGCCCCUGCAGGCGGCAAGAGCUCCUUCGGCCACCCCUACACCAUCCCCGAGUCCCUGCGGGUGCAGGACGACGCCAGCGACGGCGAGAGCAUCUCGGACUGCCCGCCGCUGCAGGAGCUGCUGCUCACGGCUGCCGACGUCCUGGACCUGCGCCUGCCCGUCAAGCUGGUGGUGCUCGGCUCUUCCCAGGAGUCCAGCAGCAGGAUCACGGCCGACGGGGUGGUGGCGCUGACGCGGGCCUUCCUGGCGGCGGGCGCUCAGUGCGUCCUCGUGUCUCUGUGGCCCGUGCCUGUGGCCGCUUCCAAGAUGUUCCUGCACGCCCUGUACUCGUCCCUGCUGAACGGCCUGAAGGCCAGCGCGGCGCUGGGCGAGGCCAUGAAGGUGGUGCAGAGCAGCAAGGCCUUCUCACACCCCUCCAACUGGGCAGGGUUCAUGCUUAUCGGCAGCGACGUGAAGCUCAACAGUCCCUCCUCGCUCAUCGGACAGGCCCUCACCGAGAUCCUCCAGCACCCGGAGCGCGCGCGGGAUGCCCUGCGAGUGCUACUGCACCUGGUGGAGAAGUCGCUGCAGCGCAUCCAGAAUGGGCAGCGCAACGCCAUGUACACGUCCCAGCAGAGCGUGGAGAACAAAGUGGGCGGCAUCCCCGGCUGGCAGGCCCUCCUCACUGCUGUGGGCUUCCGGCUGGACCCCCCGGCCAGUGGCCUGCCAGCGGCCGUCUUCUUCCCAACCUCCGACCCGGGCGACCGGCUCCAGCAGUGCAGCAGCACCAUCCAGUCCCUGCUGGGUCUGCCCAACCCUGCCCUCCAAGCCCUCUGCAAGCUCAUCACAGCCUCGGAGACGGGCGAGCAGCUCAUCAGCCGGGCUGUUAGGAAUGUGGUUGGAAUGCUCCACCAGGUGCUGGUGCAGCUGCAGGCUGGCGAGAAGGAGCAGGACUUCGCUGCGGCGCCCAUCCAGGUUUCCAUCAGCGUUCAGCUGUGGCGGCUCCCCGGCUGCCACGAGUUCCUGGCGGCUCUAGGUUUUGAUCUCUGUGAGGUCGGUCAGGAGGAAGUAAUCCUGAAAACUGGGAAACAAGCCAACCGACGGACCAUGCACUUUGCGCUCCAGGCCCUGCUCGCGCUCUUCGAUUCCACCGAGCUGCCCAAGCGCCUCAGCCUGGACAGCUCGUCCUCCCUGGAGUCGCUGGCCUCAGCCCAGUCUGUCUCCAACGCUCUGCCCCUGGGCUACCAGCACCCUCCUUUCUCCCCGACCGGGGCGGAGAGCAUAGCCUCAGAUGCCAUCUCUGUGUACAGCCUGAGCUCCAUCGCCUCCUCCAUGAGCUUCGUCUCCAAGCCUGAUGGGGGAUCAGAAGGCGCGGUCCCUCGGGGACGGCAGGACUAUGAGCGGUCCAAGAACACCUGCCCGCCGCGCGCCGCCCUGCCCUGCAGCCCGCUGUCCCCGCCCGCCCGCCCCGCAGGCGCCAAGGACGAGGAGGAGUACGAGGGGUUCUCCAUCAUUAGCACGGAGCCCUUGGCGGCCUCCCAGGAGGACCCACCAACGGGCUUCUCACCCGACCACAAGCAGGCCCGCGUGGGGACAGCGGGCGGCAUCAAAGUCUCGGUGAGCUCAAGCACUCCAAACUCUCCCGUUAAAAUGACUCUGAUUCCCAGCCCAAACUCACCCUUCCAGAAAGUUGGAAAACUAGCAAGUUCAGAUACGGGAGAAUCAGACCAGUCGAGCACAGAAACAGAUAGUACCGUGAAGUCCCAAGAAGAAAGCAACUCAAAGCUUGACCCUCAAGAGCUGGCGCAGAAGAUUCUCGAGGAGACACAAAGCCAUCUCAUGGCAGUGGAGCGUCUUCAGAGGGGCGGCGGUCAGGGCGCCGGUUCUGAAGACGGCGUCUCCGUGCCCAACAGCGCUGCCGUCUUCCGAGCGUCAGAGACGAGCGCCUUCAGCAGGCCCGCCCUCUCCCACCAGAAGAGCCAACCGCCGUCGUCGCCGGUCACCAUCAAGCCAAAGCCCCCAGCCAGGAGCUCCUCCCUCCCCAAGGUGAGCUCGGGGUACAGCAGCCCCACCGCCUCCGAGGCGUCCGCCAAAGACAGCCCGAGCCAGCACAGCGGCCGGCCGUCGCCUGGCUCCGACUCGCAGACCUCCCUGAGCGACCAGCCCCUCUUCAAGCUGAAGUACCCCAGCUCCCCCUACAGCGCUCACAUCUCCAAAUCUCCAAGGAACAUGUCCCCUAGCUCAGGCCACCAGUCUCCCGCCGGAAGUGCACCGUCCCCGGCUCUCUCCUACUCCUCGGCAGGCUCCGCGCGGUCCAGCCCCGCCGACCACCCCGACCUCGACAAGCUGAAGAUGGCGGCCAUCGACGAGAAGGUGCAGGCCGUCCACAACCUGAAGAUGUUCUGGCAGAGCACACCCCAGCACUCCACGGGACCAAUGAAAAUAUUCCGGGGGGCCCCUGGAACCAUGACUUCCAAGAGAGAUGUCCUCAGCCUCUUAAAUUUGUCACCUCGGCACAACAAGAAGGAGGAGGGCGCAGACAAGCUGGAACUCAAGGAGCUGUCUUUGCAGCGACGUGGAGAAACACCCCCCAAAGCCCCGCCCAAUGGACACUGGCGCACGGAGACCACCUCGCUGAGCACGCUGCCGCUGCCCGCCCGCCCGCCUGCCCCGGCUCCCACGCGCCCUUUGAGACUUCCUUCUGGAAACGGCUACAAGUUUCUGUCCCCAGGAAGAUUUUUUCCUUCCUCUAAAUGCUAAAGCAUCUUCUAUGCCCACCGACGGCAACCCGGAGCGCAGCGGCCCAGCCGGGCUCUCCGCACUCACUCCGCUGCCCUGCGUGCGCCGCCCGCCCAGACGCCCCGCCCACUGGUGGCCCCCAGGGACUCUGGGCAGAUUCACCAAAAGCCAGGACUUCUGUGGAGCUGGUACAGGACGCGCACGGAAUUUUCUACACACGUCACCAAAUGUUUACCUGUGAGCUCCCUCUUCUCAUCUUUGAUGCGAUUCUUCAAUAGGACUUUUGUACAAAAAUGGUCAAGGUUCUGGGGCAGGGGAGGAGAGGGAGUACAUAUUUUGCUAAGAGGUAUAUAUGCAGUACCUUUUAUACACAGAAUACAGAGCUUUUGUAAGGCUUUCAGGUGCUGGUUGGGGUACAUAAAAUCUAAGUUGAAUUCUACAUGAAAGUGUUGUUAUAGUAGCCAAAAAAACAAGAUACCGGUUUUAAAAAUGCCAAUGAUUUGUAAUUAAAUUGUAGCAAUUCUGGUCUCACGGUACUGUAACAUCAUAGAACCGAUGCAAUAAUUCACCUGGAAAUAGUGCUUCCGUCCUGAACUCUGCUCUCCUGAGCUCUACAAAUGUCCUUGGAGCCCCAUGGUCAACCAAACUUGAAAAUUUACAUAACUCCUAUCCAGGCAUUUUAGAACUAUGCAAUUGUGAUUUAAAAUGCAACUUUGUGCUUUUAAAACAUUACUGACCUUUUUUGUACGUGGAUAAACAACUUGGUUUUGUUAUCAAUAGUACUUUGCAUUUAUAGCUAUUAUUUUUAAAAGCUCAAAAAGUUUUUUAAAAUGUCAAAUUUUGAAUAGUCAUCAAUAAGUAAUUAUCAAAUUUUGGGGGGGGAGUUUGAAAUUAUUCAGUUUCCUUAGAAGAAAAAAAUAGCAAAAAAAAAAAAAAAAAAAUCCCAUGGCUAACUAGACUUAACCAGAAUCUAGCCUUCCAGCUCCUAUCCCUUUACUUCCUGCUUACUUUUAUUAUCUUUUCCCAACAUCAGGCUUCUAACACCCCUCCUAUCUACAUCUGCUGCCAGGUUCCCACAGUCCCAGCACCUCCCGCCUGUGAGCUGCAUGUGACUCCCGUCUUGGUGUGACCGGUGCCCCAGCUCCUGUGGUCUGAGGACAGACCCUUACUGUCCACGGCCUCAGAAGCAGGGCCUCUGCUGGGAUAUAUACUCUGAGUUACUGCUCAACAGGGAGAGAGAGUCUUAACCGUGUUGACAUAUGGGGAAAAAAAAAGAGGGACUCUUUCUACAGCCAUGAUGGUUCCCUGAUACUGCCGCCAGCCAGGACGAGACAGAAGAACAGUCUAGGUAGGGGUAACCAUUAACUUAUUUUAUAAGGAAAUGAAAUGCUGAAAAUCACAUUAGUGCCAAGUUUAGCUGGAGAACAUGAGCCCCUUUUAGGUGAUUCUCAAGUGGAACUCCUACCUCCUCCUGACUGUGAAGGUCCACCCAAAGAAGGCAGCAGCCUCUGGUCCCGGGACACCAGCCCCGGGGAGAGGACAGCGGGGCCUGGCAGCAGGCUCACUGACGACGACACCCGGGGGGUUAACCUCGGGGAGGCCUCACUUGACUCACACUGACCACCUGUCUAUUAUUCCUCACUGUACUCUGCAAAGAGGGAAAGAUAAUAUAUACUCAAUCUGUCUUACUCUCCUGAGCUGCGUCAUAGAAACUUUUUGUGUUUAACCCAACAGCCAUGUUGACAAGAGCAAGGAAGUCCCUCUCAUCCUAACCCUGAUCCCAACACUGGAAGAGAAAUACUUUUAUCAAGAAGCAAGCAACUAUGAGGCUGUCUUUAUGUCUUUUGUAAAUGGUAAUAAAAGUACCAAUGUAGCAAAUGAAAGCCAAGUUUAUAGCACUGUGCAUUUAGAUAGCAAAAUCAGGUCCUCAAUAACAAGAAACAAACCUCAAAAGUGAAUUUCUGAAUCCACACGCAUGUAGACAGUUAGGCUCGUCCUUUCUCAGCACCUCUCAGCCUCUCUCCCAAGUGCCAAGGAGCCCUGGAGGAAAGGCCGGUCUGUGCUCCGGCCCUGGGUGCCCACCUCCAGCACAGCCCCCUACCACCCAGACCGCUUCUCCUGGUUACCAAGCCAGCUAGGAGGACGCGUGGACCCUAACCUGGUUUUAGUCUAAGUACAUUUGUUGUUGUAGGUUUCAUGUUCAAAAGCCAAAUGGAAUAUAUGAUUCUUUUUUUGGUCCUGGAUAUAAGCUUCAAUGAAGGAAAGCAAAGAUGAUAAAAUCAAGACCAACGGCCACUUCUUUCUGUUUACUGUCAGUCUUGGUGUUUUCUAUUCAAGUGAGAUGGAUGUAAACUCAAAGUGAAUUUUUUAGGCUUCCCUGAAAAAAGGAUGCACUUAAAAAUUAUGUGAGAUUGUGUAAUUUGCAGAUUUCUUUGUACAGAUCAGGGGUUGGCAAAUGACCUCCAGGCUAAAUCUGGUCAGAGGCCUGGAUUUUUACAGCCAUGAGCUAGCAAUGGAUUUUACAUUUUAAAAUAUUUAUAUAACUAUCUACAUAAUAUUGUGAUUUUUACCUCUUGGUCCACAGAACCUCUUAUGAAAACGUUUUGCUGACUCCUGGUCCAGAUGGCAGAAAACACACCCGGCUCAUGUUCUGUUUCUAGGCUCAGAAAGCGGCCGACGGGCUGUGGACGGGCUGUGGACAGACUGACGGGGUGGGUGGGAACCCGAGCCCUAUGGAGGGGAGGGACCGGCCCUGGAGGAGUCCUUGGCUCCCCGCCCCACGUGGAAGGGGUCGCUGGGUUGCUGUAUGCAGACAGCAUUGGACAGGACUUCUUUUUCAGCUCAGGAAACUGGAACCCCUGCCCCUGCUCUGCUCCAUCAGAUGCAAAUACGCAAGCAAUAAAAUCUCCCUCUCCUACAAACCCUGGUAGCAGAUCUUACUUCUCACCAGUGGGCCACGCAGGCAACUCUUCACGCUUCACUCAUCUUAACAGGGUCCAUUUACCAAGAAACAGCGAGCCACUCAGGCUUGCGUUCUGAUCGUUUGGUAUUGGUGUGUAGAGAAACGAGAACCUUCUCGCCUCCACCCACUUCCAACAGUCCCCAGCCCACACGGCGCCGUACACGCAUCCGUAUCUGCUCGGCUGUCCAGGGGAAGCCGGCAGGUGGUCACCGCCGCGGGUGCCCAGCAGUACCAUCCCGCCCCCCAGCCACCACAAGGAGAACCGUCACUUUGCCAGUUUCAAUUCAGGCUGGAAAAAAACCACCGCACGAUAAUCGGGCUUGCUUUUAGUCAGUAGGCAGAAUGUGAAAACUGUGUAAUUUUCAUCACAUAUUUUGUUCUUUUACCUAAAAGAACCUGUACAUGUGCUUUGUGAACUGGGCCAGGUCCUUCAGAGAUGCCCCGUGGAAGGACACCUGUGGCCACGUCUCCCCUCCUCACACGCCUUCCCCACGUGGCACUCACGCCCCUGUAUGCAGUGUUAGCCAUCCUUGGCCUAUGUGGACUGUUUUUUUUUUUUUUGUAAAUGACAGUUUCCAGAUGGCAUUAAACUUUUUAUAUUAUGAAAUUUACCAUGUAAAAAGAACUUGGUAUUUUUAUUGAGAUUGCUAAGGCACUUGGCCUUCCUUUGUGAUUUCCGUGUCUAUUAAAGCAUGAGUUCCCUUGGUUUUAA